GUGUACGCGGCAGUAAUUUUUAAUUUUCAAUAUUUUUCCCAACCGUUCAAUAAAAAUCGUGGAACUAAAUUGUGCUUAUCAGUUUAUUGUUUAAAUAAGUGAGAACCAGAAACCGUUCGUGCAAAAAUGGCCUCAGGAGUGACCGUAUCAGAUGUUUGCAAAACGACAUACGAGGAAAUCAAAAAAGACAAAAAGCAUCGCUAUGUCAUAUUCUACAUCCGCGACGAGAAACAGAUCGAUGUGGAGGUGAUCGGUGACCGCAACGCCGAGUAUGACCAAUUCCUCGAGGAUAUCCAGAAGGGUGGACCAGGCGAGUGCCGAUAUGGACUGUUCGACUUUGAGUACAUGCACCAGUGUCAAGGCACCUCGGAAAGUUCCAAGAAGCAGAAGCUGUUCCUGAUGUCCUGGUGUCCAGAUACCGCUAAGGUCAAGAAGAAGAUGUUGUACUCCAGCUCUUUCGACGCUCUGAAGAAGUCGCUCGUUGGCGUCCAGAAGUACAUUCAGGCUACCGAUCUCUCUGAAGCAUCCCGAGAAGCUGUCGAAGAGAAGCUGCGCGCCACUGAUCGUCAAUAAGAUUAUCCAUACUUAAGAUUACGCACACAACAACAACAACAACAACAGAAAAAUAUCUACAACAGAUUAGCGGACAGCAUACAGACAGACUCACACAUACAGAAAUACACGAACACUGAAAUAUUAAACACAACAGUAUAGGAAGCAUACAAAAACAUGGGAGCGAAUGUAGUGAAGAACAAUGAAAAAUAAAGUAAAAACAACCACUAA